AUGGAUUUCGUCAAGAAGGCAGCCGAUAAGAUGGGCAGCGGCAACCAGCAGAGCCAGCCUGCGCAGGGAGGCCAGCCCGCGCAGGGAGGAGCCCAGUCGGACGACUAUGUUGACAAGGCCUUCGGUCAGGUGAGCAAGAAGGAGGGAUGGAACAUUGGCAAGGACCAGCAGGAGAAGAUCACUGAUGGCGGUCGCCAAGCCUACGAGAAGGUCACUGGAAACAAAGUGAACCCCAAGAUCUCCAACUAG